AUGUUUGCUCUAACUGCCAUCAAAGGAGUUGGUCGGCGUUAUGCAAAUCUUGUUUGUAAAAAGGCCGAUGUCGAUUUACGCAAGAGAGCUGGUGAAUUAAGUACAGAAGAAUUGGAACGUAUAGUGACAAUUAUCCAAAAUCCUACACAAUAUAAAAUUCCACUUUGGUUUUUGAAUAGACAAAAGGAUAUUAAUGAUGGAAAGUAUACUCAAGUUUUAGCGAAUAGUUUAGAAUCUAAACUUCGUGAAGACUUGGAAAGAUUGAAGAAAAUUCGUGCUCAUCGUGGUCUGAGACAUUAUUGGGGAUUAAGAGUACGUGGUCAACACACAAAAACUACUGGUAGACGUGGUAGAACUGUUGGUGUGUCCAAAAAGAAAGCAGUUCAUGCUGAAUUUCCGUUGAAUAAUUUCACAAAAUUCUUUACAUUCUUAACAAAACACGUCUUGUGUUACUAUUCCUCACACCAACGAAAUAUUCCUUAUAUUCUUUCAUCAAAAAAUAUGAAGUUUAAUACAAUUUUAAUAUUGGGUGCUCUUUUGUCUGGGUUUUUUGUUACGAUUCAAGCAAUGCCAGUUGAUAGUGGCGAUGCCAUAGAAAUUCUUGCGAAACGAGAUGUUGAAGGCAUUGAAAUUCCAAGUGUCCUUGAAGCACGUGACACGACCAUUGAGAACAAUGAUGAUUUAGAAAAACGACAAAGGACUUCUAGAACUGGCGGCGGUUGGUACCGUGAGAAUCCUAUUUCUGGUGGUAGUAAAUUUUAA